AAUAACCUAAUAUUUUGUUGAUAUUCAAAUAUUUUGUUAUAUAAAAAAAUAUAUAAAUAAUUUAUAAAGAAACUGAAACUAGUUUUCCCUUAUUUAGAAUGUUUGCAGUGAAGUCCCACAUCAAUAUUUAUUGUGCAAAAUAUUUAAAAAUUAUUUUGAAACAAAAUUUUAUGAAAAUCUGUACAGGCACAAAUACCUGGAACCAAACACAAACAAAAUCAAAUAGUAGUGGUGAAACUAACAGUUUGGAGUAUCUCAUAACUAAGUAUGAACCGAAGUUAUUAUACAAUAGUGUUAUUGAAAGUAAAAGGAUCAAAUUAGGUUAUAACAAAAAUAAUAUACAUAUGCUGAACGUACUAAGAUAUAAUGAAAAAUUAAAAAAUCACUUGGCAAGUAUUCAACCUUUGCCACUUAGUCUGAAGUAUUUAUAUGAUAAUAAUGAAUUCACAAAUGUGGAAAACACUUGUAAAAAUAAACAAGAAGGUGAUUCAGAAAAAUUGCUUCAAUUUCCUUAUAGUUUUAAUAUGAAUAAUGUGAUAAAAGAACAUGAAAUUAUUAAUAUAGAAGAAAGCACAACUGAGAAAAUUAGCAGCAUUAGUGAUGAAAUACAACAGAGGAGCAAAUUAUAUAGACAUACCAAUAAUUGGAUGACUGCUUAUGAUAACUAUGAAAAUGAUUUAGUUAGUGUUGAUGAGAGCAGUGGUGAAAUCAAUUAUGGAACGUCUGACCCAAACAGUGAAAUAAGUAAUGUACCAUGUGGAGGUUGUGGUGCUUUAUUACACUGCAAGGAUACAGGUAUUCCCGGAUAUAUACCCUCGGAAAUAUUUAAAAAUUAUAGGAAAAAAGGUGGAGCUAGCUUACAAGCGAUGAAAUGCCAAAGAUGUUAUUUUUUAAAUGAAUAUAAUUUAGCGCUUCAGGUCAGUGUUUCAGCAGACGAUUACCCUAAAAUUUUAACUGCGAUAACAGAAAAGAGAGCAUUAGUUGUUUUAAUGGUGGACUUAAUGGAUUUUCCGUGUUCCAUUUGGCCUGGAAUAGCUGAUAUUUUAGGUCCGAAAACUCCAAUAGUAGUUGUAGGGAAUAAAAUAGAUAUACUACCAAAGGAUGGUAAAUAUUUCUUAAAAAGAGUUAAACAAAAUCUUUUGGAACAUAUAAAAUUAUCUGGAUUUGCAACAAGUAAUAUUUUGCAUGUUGCUUUAAUUUCUGCAAAGAGCGGUUACGGGAUCGAAGAUUUAAUUACUUCAUUACAGUCUUUAUGGAAACAUAAAGGUGACGUUUAUUUAGUUGGAUGUACGAAUGUUGGAAAAUCAAGCUUAUUUAACGCAUUACUGCAGUCUGACUAUUGCAAAACACAGGCAUCAGAUCUAAUUCAAAGAGCAACCAUUAGUCAGUGGCCAGGCACUACCUUGAACAUGUUAAAGUUCCCAAUAAUGAGGCCUUCAGGACAUCGCCUCUACUUACGUCAUCAAAGAAUGAUCCAAGAGCAACAUAUUGCUUCUGAGAAAAAUCGAUUAAGAGAAGAAUAUCUAAAAAAAUAUAGGUCCGUUAAAUAUGCUUCUCUAAUUGGUCAUAUCGGUCAAACGUAUUUAAAAAUGAAUGAUACAGGUAAUGAAACGAAGGAUUGCUUUUCAGUAAAAGGCCAUGCAAAUGCUUCUGGAAAAUUUAAAAUGGGAAUUAAUGAAAAUAAUCCUGAAUAUGUUGCAAGUCGUUGGUGUUUUGAUACACCAGGCGUUAUUCAACCUGACCAAAUCGUCCACUUAUUAACAAUUGAGGAGUUAAUGGCUGCUAUUCCGAAAGAAAUAAUUAGACCUGAAACUUUCUGUAUCAAGCCUGGAACUUCUUUAUUUAUUGCUGGCUUAGCCCGAUUAGAUUACUUGGAAGGGCCUGGAUCUGUGAGGUUAACUGUAUUCAGGUCAAACGAAUUACCAGUUACGUUAUGUAAUCUAGAGGAGGCAAGCUGUAUUUAUCAAGAAUGCUUGGGAACAGAAUUGUUAAAGGUACCAAUGCAGGGUAAAGACAGAUUAUCAAAAUGGCCAGGAUUAGAAUCGAAAGAUCCUUUUGCUGUAACUGGAACUAAUCCAAAAAAAUCUUGCAGAGAUAUAAUACUAUCUAGUGCAGGGUGGGUUGCGAUAAAUUGCUUAACAGAUAAAAAUUACAAAUUUCAAGCUUGGACUCCAGAAAAGAGAGGAAUUUAUAUAAGAGACAGUCUGUUACCAGACGCUGUGACAUUAAGAGGUCCUAGAAUUAGAAACAGUAUCGCAUAUAAAAUGCAUAGAUUUGUGUAAUAAAUUUUAUCCGAGUUUAA